UAAGUCAACCCCUCCUAGCUCCUUUUUCAUCACUCUCAUCACACCCUCAUGAGAGAAAUGGAGGAGAAAAACAUGGCAAGGAGAGCACACUGUUUGGUCUUAGCAUAUCCACUUCAAGGCCACAUUAAUCCCAUACUUCAAUUCUCUAAGCUAUUGGAACAUCAAGGGUCAAGAAUAACACUUGUUACCUACCGAUUCUAUCAAAACAACUUGCAAAGAGUGCCUCCUUCUUUUGCAAUUGAAACCAUCUCUGAUGGGUUUGACCAAGGUGGACCAAUACAUGCUGAGAGCCACAAGGCCUACAUGGAUCGCUCUACUCAAGUGGGGUCAGAAUCUUUAGCUGAACUUCUUGAGAAACUUGGUCAAUCAAAAAACCAUGUUGAUUGUGUUAUUUAUGAUUCAUUCUUUCCUUGGGCACUAGAUGUUGCGAAGAGUUUUGGGAUAAUGGGGGCUGUUUUUCUCACUCAAAAUAUGACUGUCAAUAGCAUAUACUAUCAUGUCCACUUAGGAAAGCUACAAGUUCCCCUCACAGAACAUGAGUUUUCUCUUCCUUCCUUGCCAAAACUUCAGCUUGAAGACAUGCCCUCUUUCUUGCUUACAUAUGUGGAGCAUCCAUAUUAUCUUGAUUUUUUUGUGGAUCAAUUCUCCAAUAUAGACAAAGCUGACUGGGUUCUAUGCAAUACAUUCUAUGAGCUGGAUAAAGAGGUAGCAAAUUGGAUUACAAAGAUUUGGCCAAAAUUUAGGAAUAUUGGACCAAACAUACCAUCUAUGUUCUUGGACAAGCGACAUGAGGACGACAAAGAUUAUGGUGUGGCACAAUUUGAGAGUGAAGAAUGCAUAGAAUGGCUCAAUGAUAAACCAAAAGGGUCUGUUGUUUAUGUAUCGUUUGGGAGUAUAGCUAUGCUUGGUGGAGAGCAAAUGGAGGAACUAGCUUAUGGUUUAAAUGAGUGCUCAAAUUACUUUUUGUGGGUGGUCAGAGCCUCUGAAGAGAUUAAGCUCCCCAGAGGUUUUGAAAAGAAAUCAGAGAAGGGCUUGAUAGUGACAUGGUGCUCCCAAUUAAAAGUUUUAGCUCAUGAGGCCAUAGGAUGCUUUGUGACACAUUGUGGUUGGAACUCCACAUUAGAAACUUUGUGCAUAGGAGUCCCAACAAUUGCAAUACCACAUUGGUCAGAUCAGACCACAAAUGCAAAGCUUAUGGCAGAUGUUUGGAAAAUUGGAAUUAGAGCUCAAACUAAUGAGAAAAAGAUUGUGCGGCGAGAAACACUAAAGCAGUGUAUAAGGGAUGUAAUGGAGAGCGAGGAAGGCAAAGUGAUAAAGAGCAAUGUCAUUCAAUGGAAGACUUUGGCUUUAAAGGCUAUUGGUGAAGGUGGAAGUUCUUAUCAAAAUAUCAUAGAAUUUACAAAUAACUUGUUUUGUUCACAAGCUUCAUGACAUAAACUCCAAAUUGCUUCCUGAUCGAUCAAGCAGGUGGUUCUUUGUUUAUAUUUUCAUGAAUCUAGGUGUGAUUGAUAGUAAGUAAUAAAUGUUUUAUAAUUAGUAUAUUAAUGUAUCUACCAAUGUAAUGUGUUUACUUUAAUGUAUUUGAUUUUUUUGUUAUAUAUAAUAA